AUGGGCCUUCUGAGCAUCAUUCGUAAGGUGAAACAACGCGAACGCGAGCUCAGAUUCCUCGUUAUCGGUCUUGACAACGCCGGGAAGACGACGAUCGUGAAGCGGGUGAACGGGGAGUCGAUCGAUGAGAUCUCACCAACGCUCGGGUUCAACAUCAAGACGAUGACGCACGGGGCGUACUCGUUGAAUAUUUGGGACGUUGGCGGACAGAAGACGCUCAGGUCGUAUUGGAGGAAUUAUUACGAGCAGACGGAUGGGUUGAUCUGGGUCGUGGACUCGGUGGAUGCGCGGAGGAUGAGGGAUUGCGCGUGCGAGCUCGCGGGCGUGUUGGGCGAAGAAAGACUGGCGGGCGCGAGCGUGUUGGUGUUCGCGAAUAAACGCGACAUCGCGGGCGCGAUGUCCAUCGAGUCCAUAACAGAAGCGUUAGGAUUACGGUCGUUGAUUAACAGGCGGUGGCGCGUCGUGCCGUGCUCGGCGGUCACGGGUGAGGGCUUGCUCGAGGGAUUCGACUGGUUGGUCAACGACUGCGCCGAGCGCAUUUACUUGUUAGCGUGA